AAAUCAUAUAGGGGGCAACUAAGGAGGCGAGUGGCAAGAUCUUACUAUUGCAUCAAAAGUAACUAUUUACUCUUAAACUCUUACUUAAUAGUUAUAUAGAAAUCGCCGCGUUUCAAACCCCGAACAAAGCUUUUGUUUAUUAACAACCAGCAACUUCAUGUAAACUCUAUACAAUCGUUGUUUAUAUCAAGAUUUGUAUACAUUCUGUCAUGUUUCCAAACGCAUACAUUGAUUUAAAACAACUGUGAACCUCGUGUAUAUUUGAGUUGAUACAAAACAUAUCUUUUGUACAGUUCGAGUAUAUCAUAUAGGUCGAUCUACUGGCAAGUGCUUAUUCUCUGUCAUUAUAUUAUAUCAUCCACAACGAAUAACAUACCAUAUCAUACUCCAAAAGUCUUACUUAUCAAAGCAAAACCACAAACCAACAAUCAAGAUGUCUGUUGAUUGCGACCAUACUGAUGAUAUGUUGAAAGGCGGGUUGAUUGUCGGUAGGACUGUGCUAGGUAUCCUUAUUUGUCUUAUGAUAAUACUGUGCUUUCACGACUGCUACACUAUCCACAAGGGCGCUAAACUACUGAAGAGGACAGCUCAAGCACAACGGUUAACGCGAGACCUCGAAACUCAGACGCAAGCCCAUGAGCAGACUUCGCAACCACCACCGCGACCCUACGCCGGUGAUUUCUCAGGAUUCGACUUUUCCAGCAGUCCCUAUCAUCAAACUACUGUACCUGAGCCAUCCCAUCGGCCUGCGCAAGAGCCUAAUGGUCGCCCGACUAUGCAAAGGCGGCAGACAGUUGAUGAUGGGAUAGGUACCCCAGAGCUGCGAAGAAAACCUUCAUUUACCAACAUAGCCAAAGGGGAAAGGUCCACAAGACAGUUACUUGCGCACCCAGAAGAGUUUGAACUCGAUGACAUUGAUCUACGUAGUAGCUAAGGAAUAAGGCGAGUUCAUCCACUUCAAAGCUAUUGCUUUUUAGAUACUUGAAAUAAAAAAAAAUAUGUAAAACUAUUUAUAUAGGGUUUAAUGUGGUCGUUACAUUUGUACAAGGACUUGUUUGCAAGAAGAUGUGUAUUGAAAUCAAAGGCUUUGAUUUUGUAAAAGUUUUCUUUAAAUCUAAAAAGGUCGAAAUUUUUAAAAACAACCUCAUGCAAGAGGUCUCGGAAGAGUGCUAUCUGAGGUUUAAGAUAAUCAUUUCAACAUUUUAAUCUAAGAAACUGUGAGAGGGUCACAUCACUCGCAAGCAAGUAUAUCAAAAUUACAGAAAGAAAGGAGAAAGUGGUCCUUCGUGGAGAGUUUUCAGGGUCUUCCGUCAGACUACCCGGCGGUCCCCGCGUUCGGUAUAGUCUCCAGGGGUAACGCCAUGGCUUCUAAAGGGCCUGUCCUGUGACACCUUCUAGUCUCAACACGGCAAGUCUCACCCAUUCUCCCUCCUCCUCCUC